GCCCAGCCGCUCCGCUCCCUCCAGCUUCUUGGGUGGAAGCGGGAAGCCGCGGCGCCGUUCGUCCAAGCGCCUCCCCUGAAACUUCGCCUCCCCUGGGAAGGUGGAAGCCGUCGGGGAAGGAGGACGGCUAAUCCGGUUCGGGAAGAGAAGACCGACCCGUCCUCGCCUCCUCCUCGCCGGUCUCUCUUCUCCAGGGAACCGCAGUCCCGGCCGCCGUCGCUUGCUUUUGGUUUCCCUUUUGGAUGACUCCUGCUCGGUCGGGAGGAGCGCGAAAAGGAGGGGAAGGGCGACGGUCGGAGGAGAAGCCCGCCUCUCCCCCGAAGCCAGCGGGAGAAGUCAGAGGCAGCCCGGAGGGAGCGUGACUGGGACGCGCCCGGAGGAGGAGAAGCGCCUUCGCCCUCCCUCGCGCCGCCUCCCGCGCCCGCUUUUCCUCCUUCCCUGCCUGCCAGGCGCCAGCAGCAGCAGCAGCGAGCCGGGCUCAUGAUGGCUUCGACCACCACCUGCACCAGGUUCACCGACGAGUACCAGCUCUUCGAGGAGCUGGGCAAGGGAGCAUUCUCAGUGGUGAGAAGAUGUAUGAAAAUCACUACAGGACAAGAAUAUGCUGCCAAAAUUAUCAACACUAAAAAGCUGUCAGCAAGGGAUCACCAGAAACUAGAAAGAGAAGCUAGAAUCUGUCGCCUCCUGAAGCACCCAAACAUUGUGCGACUACAUGACAGCAUAUCAGAAGAAGGUUUCCAUUACUUAGUCUUCGAUUUAGUCACUGGAGGUGAAUUGUUUGAGGACAUUGUUGCUAGGGAGUAUUACAGUGAAGCCGAUGCAAGUCAUUGUAUACAGCAGAUUCUAGAAAGUGUUAAUCAUUGUCACCUAAAUGGCAUAGUUCACAGAGACCUAAAGCCUGAGAAUUUGCUUCUAGCAAGCAAGUCCAAGGGGGCGGCUGUGAAACUGGCAGAUUUUGGAUUGGCUAUAGAAGUGCAAGGCGAACAGCAGGCCUGGUUUGGCUUUGCUGGUACGCCAGGAUACCUUUCCCCAGAGGUGCUACGAAAAGAUCCUUAUGGAAAGCCGGUGGACAUGUGGGCAUGCGGUGUUAUUCUCUACAUUCUCUUGGUGGGAUAUCCUCCAUUUUGGGAUGAAGAUCAACACAGACUCUACCAACAAAUCAAGGCUGGUGCUUAUGAUUUUCCUUCCCCAGAAUGGGACACAGUGACCCCAGAAGCCAAAGACCUUAUCAACAAAAUGCUUACAAUCAACCCUGCCAAACGUAUCAAUGCAUCAGAGGCCCUCAAACAUCCAUGGAUCUGUCAACGUUCUACUGUUGCUUCUAUGAUGCACAGACAGGAGACUGUAGACUGCCUGAAGAAAUUCAAUGCUAGAAGGAAACUUAAGGGGGCCAUUUUGACAACUAUGCUGGCUACAAGAAAUUUCUCAGCAGCCAAGAGUUUACUGAAGAAACCGGACGGAGUAAAGAAAAGGAAGUCCAGUUCGAGUGUUCAGAUGAUGAUAAACAACAAAACCAACGUGGUAACCAGCCCCAAAGAAAAUAUUCCUACCCCAGCGCUGGAGCCCCAAACUACCGUUAUCCACAACCCAGAUGGAAAUAAGGAAUCAACAGAGAGCUCUAACACAACCAUUGAAGAUGAAGAUGUAAAAGCUCGUAAGCAGGAGAUUAUCAAGGUCACUGAGCAGCUGAUUGAAGCUAUCAAUAAUGGGGAUUUUGAAGCCUACACGAAGAUAUGUGAUCCAGGUCUUACCUCAUUUGAACCAGAAGCUUUGGGGAAUCUUGUAGAGGGGAUGGACUUCCACCGGUUUUACUUUGAGAACGCUUUGUCCAAGAGCAACAAGCCAAUCCACACCAUUAUUCUGAACCCUCAUGUCCACCUUGUGGGUGAUGAUGCUGCCUGCAUUGCGUAUAUACGGUUGACACAAUACAUGGAUGGAAGUGGAAUGCCAAAGACUAUGCAGUCUGAAGAGACCCGGGUCUGGCACCGCCGUGAUGGAAAAUGGCAAAACGUUCACUUCCACCGUUCAGGAUCACCAACAGUACCUAUCAACUAAAUGUCCACGGUGCCACAUCUGCAUCUUCUGCACUCUGCCAUCAGUUGGCUACCAUCUGGGCCACCCCAUUGUCCUCUUCAUGCAUGUUUUUGAGUGCAUGAAGCUGUGAAGUUUCUACAUGUGAUACAUUGAUGAUAAAUCAUUUUGUUAUAUAUUCCAUUGGUACCUUUUGUUUACACUUCUGUGAAGGGGAUGUUCCAUGCAAAUUGAAAACGGCAGAAUAAGACAGGAAAUGUGGGGAGGGGUCAAAAUAUGAGAAAGUAUAUAGAGCAUACCUCUCAUGCCAAAAUAUCAUAAACAUCAUCUCAAACAACCUACGGAAAUGAAGGGUUUUUUUCAUUUUUAAGUGUCAUUUUCUAUUUGUUCUCUGGCAGGCAUUUUAAAAGACUCUUGCUUUGUCAAAAUAAUGAAAUUCCUACAAACAGCAGCUUUGCUGUUGUAGGAUGUAUGGGUAGAAAUACUGGCUUAGACAGAAGCACUUCAGUGGGCUGGAGGUAAGGGCACUCUGAGUCACUGUGUGUGAGGUGGGGGGAAAGGCAAAACUUGCUAGCAGGACUCACUGUUCUUGUCUGGCCAGAAAAUCUGGUUUCUUUUCUUUUAAAUAUAUUUCUUUAGCUUUGUUCUACCUGCAAAAACAAUCAUAUUUUGAAAGAAUACUUCUAGUUUGAGAGCUGAUCAGUGAACAGGUUCAGAAUAGUUUUUGAUGGCUAAAGUAAAAGGGUAAAAUAAAAUAACACUUUUUUAUCAUUUUCUGGAUGUACAGUUACAUUUAUUAAAGCAAGCCGUAGAGGAUUUUUUUAAAUUGACGCUCUAGUCAAGAUGUGUGGUAUAACUUAGGACAGUUAGGCCUUAAAAGCUUAGUGUCAAGAGUUUACUAGUCUACAUUUUGUUUAUAGCAAUUUCUUACCUUAAAAAAAUAAACUACCAGGAAGACAUCAGCUUUUAAAUAGUACUGUCACAGUUUUACCACAAUAAUUUUAUUCAUUUUUCUCAUGGCUUAUUGACAUUGUUGAACAGUGUGGAAUAAUAUAAUCAUUGCCGCUUUAUUAACUCUUUUGUUCCAUUGCUGCAUAUAUUAUACCUGUAAAAUUAGCAGGAAAUAUAUUCAGUGUCGAUUUAGAACAGAUUGGUCAGCUACUGUUUAAUUGCUUCUGUUGUGCUGAUGUGUAAUGAUAUUCCUGCAAGCAUUUGCUCCUCUGUUGGUUUUUUAAAAAUCAAAUAGAGGGUUGUGGUUUUUUGUUCUUUUCUUAGAUUUUCAUUUGUUAAUUCACUCUGGUUAACAGUGGGGCUAAAAGUUUUCUGUAACAUUGUAUAGCGCAUGAUAUUUUGAUCAAUGUUCUUUUUAGUAAUUAAAAUUUACAACUUGCAGCAACCUGACAUUUUUAAAGCAGAGAGAAAAUUUUCCCAAUUUAUAUAACUUCCGGGUCUCUGUAUUGAUUAUCGAUCAAAAGCAGAACUUACUCUGUACACUUUGAUGUUGUUCCUAGUAAGCAUAUGUUAAUACGUUAAAGAGAAACUAAAUCUUUUCCGGUGGUGUUUAAUACAUAUUUUCAGCCCACAGAAAUAUUUAUAGUAAGCAUUCACAAUAAAUGUCUUGAGCCAUAUUAACCUGCCAAUGGGAUCUGUGAAAAAGCAAUUCCCUCAUGCAUUUUGUUUUUUUAAAAAACUAAUAAUUUUUUUUUUUGUGAAGCGGCUUUAAGUGGUAUAAGUGUAUUUUAUGUUUAACAAACAUUAGGUGUAGAAAGGUUUUUUUUUUUAAUUUUCUAAAAAACACUUUUACCAUAGCAUGUGGUGUUGCCAUAUUAUUCUCGGUCAGGUCUGUUUUCCACACUGAGAUGUGAGAAAAAUCAUGUGAGUAGCUUUCUAUGCUCCAGCUGAAUUAUACACCUAAACCUUUGUCAUUUCAAAACACCACAGUUUAUCAUGGGACACAGUGUAUAUAUAUAUAUUUCUUGCCAUAAUGGUAAAGAACUGACUGAUAUAUUUAAGAAUUAAUAAAUUUGUGAUUUCUGCUGA